GAAGCCCUAUGGGCCACAGAGGCGCUAGGAAAAUCACGGAGCUGGGACCUUACCACCUCUCUCUCUCUCUGGCCGUCAGCGGACUCCUUUCUUUUGCACACGUCUUUCUCUGAAAUGUGUGUGUGCGUGAAAGAGAGAGGAGGAAUAAAGUGUGUGUGUGCGUGUGAGGGUACAUGUCCGGAGCAAGUAAAGGCAGGGGGAUUAUUCGGCGCUAUCGAAAUAUUUCAACACGUCGCUUUCGCUGCAGGACUGAAGCCAAUAAGAAGGAACCCAUUUUAACAGGAAUGCCGAUAUUGUAAACAGCAGCAGAAGAGAAGGAAUGCGCCGCAGUCAAUUAAGCGACUCACCUCACUUGGUUUAAUUCGACUAAUGUUCGAAAGACACAGAAAGUUGUCCGCUGCGCGUUAACCUCCGAAGAAAAUCGGCCUGGCAGCACUCUUGAAGAUUAAUGGAGAACACUUCUACAUUUCACUUUGCGGACUUUUGACCAAAAUUCAGCAAAUGACUGCAGAGAUUUCCCGGCAACUUGGGAAAAAAUAGUGGAUGCUUGUUCCUGUCGAGUUCAAGGAGGAAUUUCCAACGCUUUCCAACUCCAGAUUCAUUUUUACUUUUUUUUUAUUUUGUCAUUAUUUGCUGCUGUCAUACGCAAGCCUCGCUGUUAUAAGAAAUAUUGUUUUCCAUUCAACCAGUCGUCUACAUUUGUUGCCUGCUCUUGGAUGAACUUCCUGAUGAGAGAUCCAGUUAUACAAGGAUCAAGUAUGGCAUAUCAUCCGUUUAUACCUCACCGGGGUCCGGAAUUUGCCAUGAGUGCAAUGCUGGGUCACCAGCCUCCUUUCUUCCCGGCCCUGGCUCUUCCUCCCAGCGGCUCCCUCUCUCUGCCGGGCGCCCUGGGAAAGCCGAUCAUGGACCAACUGAUGGGAGCCGCGGAGACCGGCCUCCACUUCUCCUCGCUAGGGCACCAGGCUGCUGCCGCCCACCUCAGGCCUUUGAAGACUUUGGAGCCUGAGGAGGAGGUGGAAGACGACCCAAAAGUUCACUUGGAAGCCAAGGAGCUUUGGGAACUCUUCCACAAGAAGGGUACUGAGAUGGUCAUCACAAAAUCCGGAAGGCGGAUGUUCCCUCCUUUCAAAGUGAGGUGCACUGGUCUGGACAAGAAGGCAAAGUAUAUACUCUUGAUGGAUAUAGUUGCAGCCGACGACUGCAGGUACAAAUUUCACAACUCCCGCUGGAUGGUGGCAGGAAAGGCCGACCCCGAAAUGCCAAAGAGGAUGUACAUUCACCCGGACAGUCCGGCUACUGGUGAACAGUGGAUGUCAAAAGUCGUCAAUUUUCACAAGCUCAAGCUGACAAAUAACAUCUCUGACAAGCAUGGAUUUGUAAGUUCAACUAAUACCAUUCUUAACUCGAUGCACAAAUAUCAGCCUCGGUUUCACAUUGUGAGGGCCAACGAUAUUCUCAAACUCCCGUACAGUACCUUCAGGACUUACGUUUUUCCUGAAACGGAUUUCAUUGCUGUGACAGCUUAUCAAAAUGACAAGAUAACGCAGCUGAAAAUCGACCAUAAUCCAUUUGCUAAAGGAUUCCGUGAUACGGGCAAUGGGAGACGGGAAAAGAGGAAACAGCUGGCUCUGCAAUCCAUGCGUUCAUACGAGGAGCAGCAGAAAAAGGAAAACGGGGCUUCAGACGACUCCUCUGGAGAGCAGCCUCCUUUUAAGUGUUUCGGCCAGGCCUCGUCCCCUGCCGUGUCUACAGUGGGCCCCCCACACCUGAAAGACUUCUGCGACAGCGAUGAGGACAGCGACGACGAGAGCAAAGAUGGACACAAUAAAGAUGGUCCGGACUCCAGCAAGAUUUCCACCACUACAGAGGACGGGAAGGAUCAUGAGGCGAGUCCAGCUAAGGGGCAUCCAUUCAGUAAUAGUGACUCUACUAGCAGGAUCCGCGAAAGCGGUCCCAGGACUGAAAAAAGCCAGGCAGACUCACGACAGAGCCCCAUAACUGUUAUCUCCAGUACCACCCGCUCUGGGGAAGAACUCAAGAGCCCGAACCAGGACCAUCCCAAAACGGACGAAUGUAGGUCAAUAAGCAAGGACAGUUUCAUGCCUUUGACUGUUCAGACCGACAGCGCGCACAUAGGCCACAGCCACUUGCAUAAUUUUGGAUUUCCUACAGGCCUAACAGGACAACAGUUUUUUAAUCACCUAGGGAGUGCGCACCCGUUUCUCUUGCACCCCAGUCAGUUCAACAUGGGAGGCGCAUUCACAAACAUGGCCGCAGGCAUGGGACCACUAUUGACAGCCGUGUCCACGGGAGGGGUGAGCACCAUGGACACAGCUAGUAUGGCAUCGCCUCCGCAAAGCCUGACGGGGGCUCCAGGUCUGCCCUUUCAUCUGCAGCAACAUGUCUUGGCAUCACAGGGCAUUGCCAUGUCACCCUUUGGCAAUUUAUUCCCUUAUCCGUACACAUACAUGGCAGCAGCCGCGGCAGCCUCGUCCGCUGCCUCCUCCACGGUGCACCGGCACCCCUUCCUGAACGCAGUGCGCCCCCGACUCAGGUACAGCCCCUACUCUCUCCCCAUGACGGUACCGGACAGCACGCUGCUCACCACUGCUAUGCCCUCCAUGGCCAGCGGCGGGGCCGAGUUGAAAGGGGAAGGCAUUGUACCGGCGAGCCCCGUGUCUGCUGUCACCCUGGAUUCCACAUCGGAGGUGACCAGUCAUUCGUCCACAAUAUCCUCCGGAUCGGUCUCCAUGUCCCCAAAAACUUGCACGGAGAAAGACGCAGCCAACGAGCUUCAGAGCAUUCAGCGCCUGGUCAGUGGACUCGACUCAAAUCAAGACAGGCCACGGAGCGGCUCCCCUUAGGAUUUUUGUGUGUGUGUCCUGAAAAGUGAAACGUAUUGAAGGUGAUGACAGCAUUGACAAGGACACCCUCGUAGAUUGAUGCAGGUUUUAAAAGAAAAGCUCAAACCGUGAACUGUUGGACGUUUUCGUUUCUGAAAUGCACUUUGUUUAAUAACCAUCAGAUAUGUAUAUUUCUUUCUAUCUCUCUCGCUCUCUUUUUUUUUUUUUGUUAAAUUAAACAUCACUCGUAUCCUAUCAUUUGAAUACCGUACAAGUAUUGAAACUGAAGCGCUGGCAUGGGUGUGACUUACAGAUUUAGGAGAAGUUGCUGCUGUGUCCUGUCUCCUAACUUUAUUGUACACGGGGGAAAUGUGUUUUUAAUAUGCACUCUGAAUUGAUUUGACUUAUCUGAAUUCACUACCGUUUGACCUACCUUUGAAAGACUGCUGUAUUUUGUUGAACGCUAUUAAUUCAUUGAAAACGUUGCAUGCCCUCUAAAACCAAACGGAAUGUCAUUUCAACACUAAAAAGGUAAACGAAAAGUAGUGGAAAAUAUUCCAUUUUGAAUAUAAUUAACACGCAUUCAUUUAAUUUUCUUUUCAAUUAGGUUAUGAACUGUAAAAAAAGAAAUAAAUAAAACUAAAUUAGUUUUUCUUUAUGCCUUUUUUGACAUGAGAACAGGCCUGUUCUGAAAUGACUGGUGACAAAAGUGUGGCCCAGACAUGCAGGCAAAGGGAAGCAGGAAUUUAAAGUAAAUCUAGAAAAAGAAAAAGAAAAAGAAAGAAAAAUGAAAGGUGGUCUUGAUCAUCGGUGUAAAUAGGAAUAUAUAAAAUAUUUAUGUAAUUAUUUCAUAUUGUUAUUGCUUGUAAAUACAACUGAGUAGUUUGUUUCUAGGGAUCUGUUCUUAAUUUAUUGUCGAUAUACCUGUGUAAAGAUAGUUUGUGGGCUAUUAUCCUUUUGUUGCCAUCUGCAUUUAUACCCCAUUUAAAAUAUGGACUUUGACCCUUCCCAAAUAUCCACUGAGCUAGUUAUUCACACUCAUGUGCCAUUGUAUUUUCACUUGUCCCCGUGUGUGAAGUCCUACUGUUUAAGGCGAAUGAAAAAGCGACAACGCACUGCACCAAUGGCUUGAAAAAAUAUUAUUUUUUGGAGAAGGGUUUUUUUUAAAGUGCUGUUGAAGUGUGAAAAAAAGUGGACAAUCUUUCUGUUAUUAACAUACGUUGAGAAUCUGAUCGUAAAAGUGCCGCAUACUCGAAAAUAUGAAGGUUUCUUUUGUGUUUCUUAAGUUGUCAGUGGGUUAUGUUGUAUUGGAGUUAUGUCUAGUUUACAACAUCGACAUCGUGUUCUUGAAAGUUUCAAUAAAAUAUUGAAAUGCC